CUCCAACAUAACUUCACAUCGAAUUUUUUUCCGUGAUCCCUCCAAAGUGCAUCACACAGCUUUUGGACUGCACGUUCUGGGCCACAUCCAUAUCUCGACUCUUUCCUCCCUCCCGCGCUCCAUCUGGGCUUGUUGAAAAGGCUGUUGUGAACCAGGUCCCUACACUGGCCGUUUAGUACCUAUCCAACUGACUUGCCCGAGCAUGAACUCGGAGUCUGUGACAUGGCAGGACACUCCGACCCCGCCGAACUACCCGUCAUCCUCGCCUGGUCCCGACAUUCGGCAAAACAUCGUCGACCGUUUAAAGCGGGUUCCAACGGGCCGACUUGCCUACGGCGCGUGGUUCGAAUACAACCAAGUAUGCGACAUUGACAUCGACGGCGAAUCAGUUCUUCGUUUUCCGUUCAACGCCGAUCAAGUUGCUCGCGUCAAAGACUUUGUCCGACAUUAUACUGGCACAACCGGCUGGGAACAAGCCCUGCGAUCUCCGACUUGGUACAUUGCGGGCAAGCAUGUGACAGUCAGAGACCCGAGCUGGGACGCAUACUUGAGAAUGCUCCGUCAGGCCGCCGGAGAGUACCUGGGUUUCAGCGACCUCAGCAGAUUCAGGAUCGGUUUGCAUGGUUUGUAUCUUUGGGAACGGGAGUCAUUAUUUCGAGACUAUCACAACAAACGGUGUGAUCCGAGUCGGGUGGCGACACUUUUGAUCAUCCUGAACAGAGACUACACGGGAGGAGAUAUUGCAAUUUGCCACAGCGAUGGGGGCAAUGGGAUGCUUUUUUCUCCAGCCUCAGCCCCACGGGGAAACCAGUUCCUUAUUCUCAGAUUAUAGCCACAGUGGUGCUUCCUAUGAUGCCUUGCCCCUAGAGUCAGGAUUCCGCCUGGGGUUAUCCUACGACAUCGGUAUCGAAUACAACCGCGGCUUUCCGAUCUGGAGGCAUAUCUAUCGCAAAACCGAAGAAGCCGUGAGCUCGCUACAUUCCCUCAUUGUGCGUUGGCGA